AUGUACACUUCCACUCGCUCACAAUUAAAUUUACACACACAUCAGAUUUCUUAUUUAUUAUAUUAUUCUCCACCUCGAACACAUAAUAGUUUUCAUCAUUCAAGUAAUCAAGCAGGAAAUUCUCCAUCUAUUCAAUUUACUUCACCAACAAUUAUGUCGACAUCUCAAACGAUAUUAGAAUUAUCUGACGAACAAAAGACUGAGGAUUAUAUAUCUCCAGUCGAAAAUAAAUCUAAUUUACAGUCAUUACGAAUGCAAGAAAAAAUAGCUUUACAAUCAAUUCAUAAAUUAAUGACUAAAGAAAUGAUUCAAAUUGAUCAAUGGUUAUCUGUUUUAUAUAAAACAUUUGAAGAUUUGGCAUAUCCACCAUUACAUCGUGUACUUCAAGCAACUACAUAUUUUAAUGAUGAAUUACAAAUGUGGUAUGAAACGACCAAACAUGAAAUUAAUAAUGAUUGGUCCAAUUUUUGUGAUCGAUUAAAACAAUAUGCUCUUGACCGUCAGAUGAAUCCGUCAACAUGGAAUCAUUCGUUAUCAACCAACAAUGAUAUCCUUUCAUUCGAAUAUCUUAUUGGUACAAAAUUCAUUAGAUAUUCUGGUAUCGGUGAUGCAAAAGAUUGGCUAUUACAAACAAUGAAUCAAUUUAAACAAUGUGGAUUACGCCGACUUGAACAACUUCAAGCCAUUCCAUUUUUAUUAGUUGAUACAACGUAUUUGUGGCAUGUAGAAAACAUUGAUUUAAUUGUUAGCUUUGAAUUAUUUAGUAAAUUAUUCCUUCAAAAAUUUACAUGCACACCAUUACAACCUCAAGAUAUUCCUUAUGGUGACACGGAUAAAACUUUAUCUGUUGUUACUGGCUCUUCAUUCACAUCGCAUUUACAAAAAACAAUAGCUGAUGAAAUUAUUAAAAAACCAACAUAUUUUCGUGGUUCGAAAGAUGAUGUUCAUGACUGGCUAGAUAAAUUAGAACAACGUUUUAAAAUGGUAAAAUGGUCGGAUGAACAAACAUUGCAAUAUAUUUCAAUAUAUUUGCAAGAUGAUGCACAGCGUUGGUGGCCACAAGCAUCAAGUGUGAUUAAAACAUGGUCAUCGUUUACUGAAGCAGUUACACAUGCUUUUGGUUCAACAGAAGCACAGCAAUUAGCUUUUGAACAAUUGAAAUGGUAUAAACAAACGUUAAUCAAGAUAUUACUCAAUAUUAUGAUACCAUUAUGGAAUUAUUUGCAUGUUGCUUUGCAAGAUCCAAAAGCAACUGAUUUAUUUUUAUUGAUUGCUCGAAAAGUAGAAGAUGCAUUAUCGCUUACAAGUCCCAAUAAUGAUAUACAUUCAGAUCAUGUUACAGUCAAUGUGGUUACACAUUCGAAACCAUUAACACGACCAUUUAUUCAACAAUAA